AUGCAUUUUUUCAAAGUAUUCGUUGCGACCCUUGCAACCACGGCAAACAUUGCUAUGGCGGCCCCUGCGCGGCAUCCCGAGCCGCAGCCUGAGCGCAUUGCCCAAGUCUAUUCGGACAAGAUAAAAAGAGAGCCACAGCGUGAUGGCCAGGUUUACUCGGACAAGAUAAAGCGAGAGCCACAGCGUGAUGGCCAGGGUUACUCACGAUUGGACGAGUAG